GACUCGAAGACGUUUGAUGAGGAAGGAGGAGCGCCAGUCCAAGUCAAUUCGAAGAAUGAACCGAUAUCCGCAUUGAAGCAACUUGAAGCGCCAUCGAAUCAUCCGUCCUGGGCUGCGAAGGCUGCUCCCUCACAGAGAGGCACUCUAACCAAGUUCGAAGGUGCUAGGACGACCUUCGACGACUCGGACAGUGAUUGA